ACAACACGGAACUCGCUGGUGGAGCGCUGGCCGGGCACGCUGCUCUGUCACUGCUGAGGCGAGGCGUGGAGGCGUCAGGUGACGGUGCGUGGCGUCAGCCAUCUUGUGUUGUUGGGCUUGUGGAUUCGCUUCGGGUGAGAAGCUGAGAGAGAUUUUCAUUCUCUUGUAAAAACAAAGUAAACAGAAAGCAUUAUGACAGCUGAGACUCAGACCCUGAAUUUUGGCCCUGAGUGGCUUAGGGCUUUGUCAAGCGGGGGCUCUGUUAUAUCCCCACCCCUCUCCCCAGCAUUGCCAAAGUAUAAACUUGCAGACUAUCGGUACGGCCGGGAAGAGAUGCUAGCACUUUAUGUAAAGGACAAUAAGGUUCCUUUAGACCUUCUGGACAAAGAGUUUUUUCCUAUUUUGAAAGAGGAGCCCCUACUACCUUUGGCACUUGUUCCGUUUACUGAGGAGGAGCAGAGAAACUUCUCAAUGUCUGUUAACAGUGCUGCUGUACUGCGCCUUAUGGGAAGGGGCAGUAGUGGAGGAGGGGGAACAGUAGUAGGGGCUCCUAGAGGUCGGAGUUCCUCCAGAGGUCGAGGUAGAGGAAGAGGAGAAAGUGGGUUUUACCAAAGAAGUUUUGAUGAAGUGGAAAGUGGCUUUGGUCGAGGAGCCCGUGAAAUGCACAGGUCACAGAGUUGGGAAGAAAGAGGAGAUCGACGGUUUGAAAAACCAGCACGAAAAGAACCAGCUCGGCCUGCAUUUGAAGAAGGCGGCACAGCACCUGCUGGGAGAAAGCAUGAGAUUAUCCGCUCGGAGAGUGGAAACUGGCGAAGCCUCAGAGAGGAGUUAAAUGGGGAGGAAGAGGAAGGUGGAGGUGUUUGGAGAACUGCAGCACCAAGAAGAGAUGGGGAGCGGUGGCGCUCUCAUAGUCCAGAUGGUGGUCGAGGUCAAGUUUGGAGAGAGCAUCCGGACCGCCGCAAGCGUUUUGACUUUGAUUUUCGAGAACGCGAUGAUGAACGAGGCUAUCGCAGAACUCGCAGUGGCUCAGGGAGUGCGGAAGAUGAGAGAGACAGUUUGCCAGAAUGGUGCUUGGAGGAUGCAGAAGAUGAGACGGGCACUUUUGAUUCCUCAGGGGCAUUCCUACCUUCCAAGAAGGUACAAAAGGAAUGCAUUCCUGAGGAGCAGGAGCUGGAUUUUCGUCCUUCUGUGGAUGGGGAAGAGCAUUCAGAUUCUGAUGGAAGCAACUUGGAGGAUGCCAAAGAGACAGAAGGGGUUCAGGUACCAGAGCAGUCGAGUGAAAUAAGCAAAAAUGACAGCUUUGGAGAAAGACCAGUGACCACACCUCCAGAUAAGGAGCACAAGACACCUUCCCCUGAAAAGAAAAUGGAACCUAAAGCAGAUUCUCCUGUCCAGAAGGCUACUACUCCCCCUGUGUCCAGUAACAAUGAGCAGGAAGCAAAAUUGCACACAAAUCCACCAGCCCCAACUCCACACACGCAAAAGGAAGAAGGUGUUUCUCGUGGUUCCAGAGGUUCACCUGUGUCAUCAGCUCCUUCAAUACCUCACUCUCCUUCUCCUGCAUUUAGCCAAAGCACUGCAGCUCAACAAGUCAAAGAUCCUCAUCAAGGACCUGCCAUUCAUUCCCCCCCUAUUCAAAAUGACCUCUCCUCAGGGCCUUCUCCCCCCUCAGUCUGUGCUGCACCAGGUAUGGGCACGCUUAUACCAGAACCUGAUGAAGAGGAUGGACUGGAACACCUAGAGCAGCAAGCACAGCAGAUGGUGGCAUACCUGCAGGACGGGACGCUAGACGAUGAGAGAUUAACGGGAAAAGCACCAGACCACAGAGUAAAAGGACAUUCUCCAGAAAUGCAGCAGAAGUGGUACUACAAAGAUCCACAAGGAGAAAUCCAAGGUCCCUUCAGUAAUAGAGAGAUGGCAGAGUGGUAUCGAGCUGGCUAUUUUCCUAUGACAUUGUUGUUAAGGAGAGUAUGUGAUGAGGCCUUUCAGACACUUGGAGACAUCAUUAAGUUAUGGGGCAGAGUUCCUUUCAUUACACCCCCUCCUUCCAGACUAGGUGAAUUGGGUCCAGAGCAUAUAGGUCGCCACCAGGACAUGACUGCAUUAUUCCAGAUACAACAGUUGCAUUAUCAACAAUUUCUUAUCCAACAGCAAUAUGCCCAAGUCUUGGCACAGCAGCAGAAAGCGGCUCUCUCCUCACAGCAGCAACAGCAGUUAGCUCUUCUAUUACAGCAGUUUCAGACUCUAAAAAUGAGGAUAUCUGAGCAGCCUGUGAUUCCAACGUUACCGAGAGCCGUGUCUGUUCCAGAUAACACAUCAUUGUGGGAGCGUCAGACAGCAGCCGCCCCACCCACUAUGUGGGAAGGAAGCAGUGUGUGGGACCUGCCUGUAGAUUCACCUUCUCAGGGAGCCUCCAGGGAGCAGCUGGAACAGCUGGAGAAGGCAAAAGUAGCCAAGAUUGAACAGGAAAGGAGGGAAGCAGAGUUAAGAGCAAAGCAAGAAGAGGAAGAACAAUGCAGGCGCCUCGAAGAGGAGGAGAGAAAAAGAAAAGAGGAACUAGAACUUGCACGUCGCAAGCAGGAGGAAGCCCUGCGGCGCCAGAGAGAGCAGGAAUUGGCACUCAGAAGACAAAUUGAGGAAGAGGAGAGAAAAAGGGAGGAGGAGCGAAGGCUUCUAGAGGAAAGGAGGCGGCAGGAAGAGGAGAGGAGAAGACAAGAGGAGGAGAAAAGACGACUUGAAGAAGAGAAAAAGAGGAUAGAAGAAGAAAGGAGGAGAAAAGAGGAAGAAAAGAAACGGGAAGAGGAAGAGAAGAGAAAAAGGGAAGAGCUUCAAAGAAAGCAGGAGGAGGCUGCAAGAUGGGCACGGGAAGAGGAGGAGGCUGCAAGGAGAAUUCUGGAAGAAGCACGCUUACAGCAGGAGGAAGAAGAACGCAAGAAGCGAGAAGAGGCUCAGAGGCAGAAAGAACUUCAAAGACAAAGGCAGCAACAACAGGAAGCCUUAAGGCGUCUGCAGCAACAGCAGCAGCAACAGCAACUUGCACAGAUGAAGUUACCAUCUUCAUCCACAUGGGGGCAGCAGGUGAAUUCAGGAGGAGCAUCACAGUCCACAUUAUCUUUGGCAGAGAUACAGAAGCUUGAGGAAGAAAAAGAGAAGCAAAAUCUAGAAGAGCAAAGACGACAGCAGCAAGAGUUGAAGUCUAUGCUCCAGCAGCAACAACAGCAGCAGCAACAGCAAAAGAUUCCUGGUUGGGGCAGUGUAGCCAAACCAACAGUCAACACGCAAUCUCUACUUGAGAUACAACAGGAAGAGGCCAGGCAAAUGCAAAAAGUGCAGCAACAGGCUGGCCGUGGUAGGCCUGCAAAUAUCACAGUGCCACCUGCACCUGCUCCUGCUCCAAUCCCAAACACAAGCAAUAGUGUCAGCAGCUCUGGAAACUCUGUGUGGGGCAACCUGAACAACAAUCUGAGCCCUCAGUGGUCAUCUGACUCUAUAAGCAGCAUCUGGAGUAGCCAAGAAAACAAGACCUCUAGUGGAUUCUGGGAUGAUGCUGUGAAAGUGGUCGCUCCACGAAAUGCUGUCAAUAAGAACAAGAGCAAUGCUAGCAAAUCAUCGGUGAUGAAUAGUAAGCAAAAUAAAAAGGUUGAGCAAGAAGAGAAGCUUGUUAGGCUUUUUCAAGGAGCAACAAAGUGUGCCGACAGCUUCACCCAAUGGUGUGAGCAGACACUGCAUGCACUCAACACAGCUCAUAGCCUGGAUGUGCCCACGUUUGUGUCCUUUCUCCGUGAAGUGGAAUCUGCGUAUGAAGUCCAUGAUUAUGUCCGAGCCUAUCUUGGGGAUACCCCUGAAGCUAAAGAUUUCUCCAAGCAAUUUCUGGAGCGUCGGAAUAAACAAAAAACUGCUCCGCAAAACCCUCAACCUCAACAGGAUCCUGGAUGGGCUGUGUAUCAGACAAGUCAGAGUAAUUCACAACAGACAAUGCUAGAAACUGCACAAAGCGCUGGACGCAAGAAAAAGAAACAGAAGAUGGUUCGGGCAGAUCCAAGUUUGCUAGGAUUUUCUGUUAAUGCUUCCUCUGAGAGGUUGAACAUGGGAGAAAUAGAGACUUUAGAAGAUUACUGAUUAUUUGGUGGGGUAGGGGUAAUCUGUCCCCCUCCCCUACCUCGACUUCAAUGGGAGGGGGAAGCCGACUGUAUGACUCCACCUACCCCAGCACAUUCUCCCAGUGCCCUGCAGGAAUCUUCACAGGGCACCCCUCCCUCAGUGCUUCAGGAUGAUUCAAGGACAACUACCCCCUCUACUAUCCUAGAUAUUCAUGGGCAUUGUGGAGAGGGCACUUUGGGGGCUAGAGAGUGGGUUAUGGGGACAUAUUUUUUUUCCAUCACAGUACUGUCUGGUCUCGUUUCAGAGGCUUGAACAGUCUGUUACUUUUUCCACCGUUAUUAGGUGGAGAGGAGGCUUUUGGGUUGGACUUUGCACCUCCCCUCACUGCUUUCUUGGGCUUCAGCUCCCUGGAUAUCAGUGUAAGGACAACAUAAGUGUGCGUGGAUGGAGCUUUUGUAAGUGUGGACAGUGAAUAGGGAUCGUUUGCACUACUGGAGUGGUCACACUGCAAUGUUAAUAAUGGCAUCACUCUUCCAUCUCAUGUCCACUCCCCACACCUUAUCUUAAGUACCUUAAAUAAGUGAAUACUGUAUUAAUGCAGGUUGGGAGCAGUGUUUAAGACUAGUCAUUUUUAUGGUUUGCUGCAUAAUCGAUACACAAACACUUUGGUGCUGUUGAGUUAUUGCAUAUCUGCUCCUCCUGCAUUGUUCUAUCCACUGUUGGAUAGGAGGGAACACACUUAUGUUUACACGGCUCCUAGACCACUGUAAGGUUUUUGCCCCAGUGUGCAGUGAUUUUGGGGUGAUGCCAGGUCUGACCUUAAUAAAGCGCUGGUUGUGUUAUAACACAUUUCUGAUUUGGAUGCCUUAUUGCUUUGUGAAUGUCAGGAGGGUGCUAAGGAGCUUCACAUCUCAACCAUACGUCUGCCACAGUCUUCCUCCAUCAUCUAGGAAUUGCCAGAAUACGGACAAUCAAGCACUGGCAUUUGCCACCAAAAAAAGUGAUCACAAGCUCAUGACUUCUAACCACUGAGGCUUUGCUACAGGCCAUUUCUUGCUAGGCAGACCUGAGUUUUGCUCCUGCUAGUGCCUAGUCUUCUGCCUUAGUCUGGAGGAGGCAAGAAAGGUACAGCUCAGGAGUGCAUUUCUGCGAGGUUGAAAUGAAAUGUUAAUAUGGUAUUUUUCGUUAUAUUGUUAGGGUCAUUACAUGAACAAAAGGCUCCAGAGACAAUUGUAUUAAAGCUUAAUUUAAUUUAAAGCCUAAUGGAAAAAUCCUAUUUAUGUUCCUGUUCAGGAUUUUGUAUGCUCUGUGAGCUCACUGGUUUAAUGUUUUAUUCUGGAAACAUACAAACAAUGGGUGAAACUUCAUUUGGGUGCAUAUAUCCAGUCUACUAGUUUAUAUGCUUUCAAUGAACCAUCCUGCGUAUCCCCAAUUGGAAAAUUCAUUAAUUUCUUUGGUACAAGCUGGGAAAUAUACAAUACAGAGUUUUGCUUUGAGAUCAUUACAGAAACAAGGACAGAGUCUAGGAAAUCACAAUAUGUUCCCCGGCAAGUGAAAUAUUGACCCAUUUAAAGAAAAUAAAACUUAGUUUCCAUUGAUGGUGUUAUGAACAUUUAAUGUUGCUAUGUAUAGAGAAUUUUUUAAGUCGUCACAUCAUAUGCAAACUAAACUAAAAUGCUAUGGACACUUUUUGAAAGCAUCUUUUCAAUGUCUGUUCUUAUUAUGUUGCAAAAAAGUCAUUUUUUCUGUAAGUAUUUAAAACAUUUUCUUUGCUUCUUUCUGUAGCCUGUUUUCUCAUAUAGAGAUGGCUGCUUUUUCCUCCACAGAGAAGUUCCAUCAGAGGAGAGCAGUCAGAUGGGAUUGUUUCCAGUCCAUAUGUGUCCUAAACAAACAUUAAACUGAUUUAUAAGCAGAGUUAUCUUUUAACUGGUCAUAAAUUACCUUAAGGGUAAGUUUACAUGUAGUGUAUAUGCUGCAGAUUUUAUGCUGUUUAAUCAGUAUAAAGGGUGGAUGCACUUCAGAUUCGCUGCAGAUUUUCACUGCACUAUUGUUUAGAUGGGAUAAUCUGCAACAAAUCUUAUCCAAAUUGUUGUACACAGCAUAAAAUCUGCAGUAUGUGAGUAUACAGUACGUGUGUUAACACACCCCUAAAAGGCGUUCAGAAGGGAAUAGAUAAAAGCUGGGAACAGACCUGUCAGGCAUUUUCUCAGACAGAACUCGUCCACCGUAAAAUAAGAGAAGCUAAUUUAUAGUAAACCUAAAUUUAAAGACCUAUGGAGAAAAUAUUUAAGCACCAUAGCAAGAAUAAAAAAUGCAUUCAAAGGUGUCCGUAGCCUUACUGUAGGAGACAAUGUUUUAACUAUGUGUUUUAAUUUUUCAUCAUUUUCAAAAUCUCUGCAUCCUUUCUGUGAAUUGAAAUCUACAUUGGUUACAUUUAAAGGCAGAAAACGUCUCCUGAACUAGUCACGCUGGCGCAGCUGCAGUUUGUAAUAGCGUAAGUAUCAGUUUAGGUACCGGCCUGGAGUUCAGAGCAUGAAGGAUUCUCCCUAGUGCUCUUUGAAGCUUACAAAGUAUUGUCUACAG